AUGUCACCACAGAAAGGACAUACAAUUUCCAUGUCACGUACCAAUUCUUCACCUGGAAACUUUGAUGGCUCAAUUGGCCGACCGAUGAGGCUUGCUGAGAUUUUUAUUGCUGCUGAGCAUGCUUUAAAACAAACCAUUUCUAGUCCAGAACUGUGGAAAUCGUUAUCAUCAUCUGAGGAGUUUGAGCAAAAAUAUUUAGAGCUGACUAAAGGUGCUGCUGACAAUUACCAUCGUUCCUGGUGGAAAAGACAUGGUGUUGUCCUUGAUGGUGAGAUAGCUGUUGUCGCUUUUAAGCAUGGGAAGUUAGAUCAAGCUGCAGAGUCAUAUGAGAAGGUUUGUGCACUGUAUUCUGGUGAAGGAUGGCAAGAUUUGUUGGCUGAGGUCCUUCCCAAUUUAGCAGAGUGUCAGAAGAUGCUCAAUGAUCAAGCUGGCUACUUAUUAUCUUGUGUGAGGUUACUUUCUCUUGAUGACGAAUUAUUUUUGACCAAGGAGCGCCAAGCCUUUCAGUCAGAAGUUGUUCGUCUUGCUCAUAGUGAAAUGAAGGACCCUGUACAUCUUGAUGUAUCAUCAUUAAUUACAUUUUCGGGAAAUCCUGGGCCUCCUUUGGAAUUAUGUGAUAGGGAUUCUGGUAUCCUUUCAGUUACUGUAUGGAGUGGGUUUCCAGAUGAUAUAACUCUUGAUUCAAUCAGUCUUACAUUAAAUGCAACAUAUAAUACUGAUGAAGGUGUAAAGGCAUUGAAGAGUUCUACAGCUAUUGUGUUACACCCUGGUCGGAAUACUAUUACCUUAGAUCUACCACCUCAGAAACCAGGAUCUUAUGUACUUGGAGUUCUUACUGGGCAAAUUGGGCAGUUGAGGUUUAGAUCUCAUAGUUUUUCAAAAGUUGGUCCUGCAGAUAGUGAUGAUUUUAUGAGUUAUGAAAAGCCAGCUAAACCCAUUUUGAAGGUUUUCAAACCUAGAGCCCUUGUUGAUCUUGAUGCUGCUGUUUCAUCUGCUUUGUUGAUAAAUGAACACCAAUGGGUUGGCAUUUUAGUUCGACCAGUAAAAUACUCCCUCAAAGCUGCUGUCUUGCACAUCGAUACUGGUCCAGGGUUGGAGAUUAAAGAGUCACAUGUAAUUGAGAUGGAAAGCUAUCCUGGUGUUUUACAGAAUGAAGAUGACCAGGUGCAGAAUGACGGUUCUCAAAUAAAUUCUGAUCGAAAAUUUGAAAGUUUAACACUUAAUGAUGGUAAAAUAGAAUUUCCGAAUUGGGCAAGUGACACUCCUUCUAUUCUUUGGGUUCUGGUUCGUGCCAUCAGUGACACACUCAGCAGAGGAUCUUCUUCAGGUUAA